AUGGAGGCGGUCCGCCCUAAGAAGACAAAGUCUAAAAAUACAGCCAAGUCCCAGGUGGGCAGGAAGGCAAAGCAAUAUGAAGAAGAAACAAGAGACGCUAUUUCCACAAAUGUUGCAGAGUUUACAGACAUCCCUCUUAGUUUACCACAUCAGACAGAGGCCCCAAGCCCACCAGAGGACAAGCAAGACGAACCAGCUCAGUCACAGAAAGCCAAGCCUCUGGAAGAGUCAUCUGACCAGCAGUCACAAGCAUCAUCUGCAAUGAUUUUACAGUCAAAGGAUGAAUUAUCCAAUAGAUCCUCAGAAUUGAAAAACUCAGAAGAAGAGCACAAAAAUGACAAAUUGUCUGAACCCGCACCAAAGACACUAGAGUUGAAAUCAGUUGACUCAUCCUGGAGUAAAACGUAUACCUCCGCACUAUUUGAAACCCCAACCACCCCAUGUGCCUCGGCUCUGUACCCAUCUCUACAUGCUCUGGAGGAGCAGCAUGUUGUACCUUAUUGUGAAGAAGCACCAAAAAUCUCUGGACAACAGCCUGCCGUUUUGGCUCUUGCAGAACAAGAGUCCUCUCCACCAAGUCUUGAAACUGUAUUAGAGACCUCAAAGAGUAAACUUUAUCCGGAAUUACCAAAAACUCCAGAAAUUCAGGCAUUCUCACUUGAGCAGCUCAGUGUCUGGGAGCCCGGAGGAGGCCUGCGUUCAUGGUUAGAAGGUGUAGAAGUGUGUGAAACCCAGUUCUCCGCACUUGCCCGACAAGAAAACCAUGAAUUGACUGAACUGCUGCAGAACUAUUGGCGUUGUCGACGACAACUGACCCAGUCUCAUGCUCAGCUGCACACGUUAUCCUCUGAUUGCAAAAGCACACAGAACCGACUUUGGACUUUCAGAGAUGAACAGCUUACACUUCAGGGAGUUUGUGCAGACCAGGCUAAAGUUUGUGGAUAUCACCGAUUUCAACAGGCAGAUUUAAAUGAAAAUGUUCUGAUUGAACUUAAAAGACAAUUAGAAAAUCGCAGGGAGCUCCUCCAUCAAAAGGUGGCAUUGCAUGCUUACACUGCUUUGCUGUCUCGUCUCCAAGUGGAGUUCUAUUUGUAUCACCUUUUAGAUCGUUCGUGCUCACAGAAUCAACCUUCAUCUCUUCGACCUUUAAAAGAAGCCAUUAGUGUUUUGUUUAGUUUUCUGCGUAGACCCUUGGAUGACUCACAGUUUCAGUCAGACAUUCAUAAUUGGUUGGAAAGACUGGUUGCUGUGGUCCUUUACGGGGGCUCAGGAGAGCGGCUCUACUUACUGUGCCAUUUGUUGUGCUGCCCUGCUGGAGUGGCAAAGUGGGGGGCACAUUUUCUUCAGAUACAAGUUGGGAGGAAUACUUGUGGAGUACAGGAUUUCAUGCAAGCGUUGUCCAUUUUUAUGUCCCCUGCAAGGAAUCGUGAAGAGUUUCUUUGCCACCUUAAACCAUGUGAAAAUCAGAGCGACACAUCCUCUGGUCCUGAAUCUGGAAACUGGACAUUAGUUGAUGAAGGAGGGGAAGAGGAUGAGGAUCCAGAUACUAGUUGGAUGCUGUUAUGUGAAGAGGAUUUAAUAGCUUUGCUGAACCAGUUUCCCUUCCAGCAGCUCUACUGUCACAUGUUGGGAAUGAGUAAACAGGGUGUUUUUGAGCCACAAGCCUGUUCUAGUCAGAAAAUGAUGAGAGUGUUUGCAUUUGCUUCAUCCCUCAUUGAAAUACUGGCCGUCGGUUUGAAAACCUACAACAGGGCACGAUACAGACAGUUGGUCAAACGAAUCGGUCACAUUAUACGGAUGACUGUGUGUUAUGUGAGUGACCAUUGGGCCCAGUAUAUGAGCUUAAUAGGUGAAGAGGGUUCCAACACUCAGGUGAAUCCCUUUUCUCUGGAGAAGUUACAGCUGGAAUAUGAUCACGUCUUCCUCAGAGCAGUACUACAUGUUCUCAGAAACAAGAGAUUAGGUAUUUGGUUGUUUAUGUCUGAGUUGCCGUAUGGGACUCUUUCCAGCACAAUGCUUUGGAAAGUUCUGUAUGUCAUGCAGUGUGCAGAGACAGCAGUUGAAGAAACCGUUGCAUGUGCAAAAGACACAGACCUCUGCAUUCAGGCUCUCCAACAUCCACAACACCAGGAGCGGUUUGAGCAAUGGCUUUCUGAAAUCAACAGUUCUGAUGGCAUCUCCCUUCUUACUGCUCUAGCACAUAUGGCCACACCCAUGCAACAUAUUGAUUGUGCCUUCAUUAAAACUGUGACUCUGCUCAUAUACCAGGUGUCUUAUGUGAGCAUGACGACUAGAGAAAUGUACUCUAAAGUUGGAAGAGAGCUCCUUGCUGCCAUUGCCACAGCACACCCGUUCAUUAUCUCUGUGCUCCUGGAGAGGCUACGAGAGACCAUACAAAUAGUGGGAAUGGCGGCAUUGUAUGUAUUUAAAGAGCUGCCUUUAAGCCUGUGGCAGCCUUUUCCAGAGGAGAUAUGUGUAAUUGGUAGUUGGCUGCUUCAACAUCCACUCUCCACUGUAGAAAAUCGACUUGCAUGUGUUGUACUUGAAGGUCUCAACUGGGGUUACACACAGGAGGGGAGGUUGGCCUUACCAUCUUCUCUUCAUAGUGAGGUUGCUUUAUUAGUGGCUGAAGCCUAUCAAAAGUACUUGACUGAUAAAGCAUAUGCUGGCCUUAUAUCUGAGGGAAUUAAACAGGUAUCGUACCUAGCAAGUGUUCUUCGUUUAGGCGUGUCACCUGAGGCGUCAUUCAGCCAAUGGGCAUGGCAACUACUACUUAGGCUGAAACUUCAUGGAAAUGCUCAGACGCCAAAAGGAGCUUGGUCAGUUCCAGCUUUAGCCUCGAAUCCACCUCCAGAACUGACUCACACACCCAGCAUGCACCCGGUUCUUAGAGCCUUAAAAUCAGGCCUCCCCAUUGGAAGCUAUAUUUCUCUUGCUAUGACUGCAGUGGGACAUAGGUUGGAAAGCUUUUGCACUGAUGGUGUGGGUUUGUUGAAGAACCUGAUUCAGUCGGGACAUUUGAGAGCGGCUGUGCAUCUACUUGACAACAUCUUACCCCCAACUUACCCCCUCAGUUUUUAUCUGCUGAACAACUCCCAAUUUGUAAAUUGCAUACAAACAUUCCUGCAGAGCGAUCCUGUUUGUCCUCAAGGCGUCACGCAGCAGCUCACACACAGAGUGGCACCUCUGUUCACCGGAAACACUUACGGGGACAAUGUCCGGCUUUUAAACAGUGUCAUUCAGAGCCAUGUUGUAGAAAGCUCUCGGCCUGACCGUGUUGGUGCUUCGGCAGUGUUGGAAUUUUGGGUCAGCUUGUUGACUCAGCAGAAUUUGUGGUACAGAGACAAAACAAUCCUGUUCCUUAUGGAUCAAAUUUGCUGUGCUGCAUUCACUUCCCACCAGGAAGAAUGUGUUCAGAAAAUACUGUAUCAACAAUUUAAGAGCGCCUUUGGGUUCUAUGGAGAUCGAGGGCUGUUCUCAUCUAUUGUUGGAUGGUUUUCUGGAAAUGCAACACCUUCCUUUAUUGAAGGCCAGUCACUGAAUGCAGAGGUGUGGUUUGCCUGGCUUGUCCUGAAUAUGGAGGGUGUCUUUGAGGAAGAUUCACAACUCAGAAGAUGUGUUGAGCAAGAGCUUCUUGCAGACCUCAAUCUCUCUCCAGAACAAGCCUGGAAGAAGGCACAGCAGAGGCUCAAGUUGCCUGUUACUCCGACUUUGCAGCGAAUGCAAAUUUAUCGCUGGGCCUGUCAGGCUGUGGCCACUCCCCCAGAUCACCCUCUUCUUCCUUUAAUUUGGCAAAAGUUCCUGCAGCUUUACCUCCAACAACCUGGGCCCGAGUAUGGACUUGCUGCAGGUGGAUGCAUUGGCCAUAAAUUCUUCCAGUCUUCCUCUCAAGUUGCCCUUCUUAAAGAUUUAAGGAACAAAAUUCAAGAAAUCUCAGAUUUUCAUCAUGCUGCAAGUCAGGCUCUAAGGGUCCCUCCUCCACAAACGCCAUUGUCAGACAGUCAAGGCGAUGAAAGUCCAGGACACAUUCAACCACAUUAUCUUACUUCACCAAAGCUUCACACUGAGCUGGUCAGGUUGUUUGGGGUGUUCGCUUUAUGGCUGGAUGAUGAGGCGUUGCAAAAACAGGAGGUUUACCUACCCUCACUUCCUCCCGAGUAUGAACCCCACAGGCUUGCUCAAGUGAUGCAGCGACAACAAGUCCUGUGGUUGGAGUUUGUUGACCAAGAACGUCUGCAUUAUGAUGGAAUGGAGGUGCGGUCUUUGUUGGAAAAAGUGCAGAGCGAACCGACCUUUGUGCAAGCUCAAAGCCACAGUUUUCCUGACUACACAAGCUUCGAUAAUGCAAAGGACCGAAUAAUGGCUAACCUACAAAAGCAUCCGGUCCCUCAGCGACCUCCAGAACUACACGCACAGAAUAUACCUGUGGCUGAUAUUCCAACAAAAUGCCUAACUGAGAUCAGAGCUGCUGCUGAACUCUUGAAUCAAGAUCUUAGUAUUCUGCAGGACCAAGCCAGGCUUGCAGUUGCCUGUGAAGCUCAGCAGGUGGCACUGGAGCUAGAGCUUCUGGAGAAUCUUCCUCUUUUGUAUAAAAACAAACCUGAGCAAGUCACUAAGAUCCUUGAAUGUAAAGGAAAAGGAGGGCAAACUUGCCAGGGGCCAGCUAACAUUACUGUUACUUGUGAAAAGCUUCACAAACAAGAAGCAGUACAUUCUCUGAUAUCAUCACUGCGUCGGGAUAUCAAGAAGCUACAAACAGAUGCCAUGGCCCCACCCCAGCACAGCCUGGCCCAGGCAGCUGUUCACACAGAGAAUUUCAUCACGGCACUGGUAAAUUUGUAUAAGACUCAGAAAUUACCAGCGGUGCAGCAGGUUGGUGUGGCAACAUUCUACCAGGUGGUCUCUUUUGUGUGUGAAGAUACGCUGCGUCAUCCCCCAACACGACAGUUCUUCUCCUCCUGCGUCGAGGUCCUGGGACAGGUGUUUAUCCAGGACAAUGCGGCAGAGUGUGAACGAGUUUUAAAAACCAUUCUAGGACAAAGACGUCUCUGUCCACUCAUUUCAUCGUUCUUUACGCCCAACUCUGCGCCGAGUCAGCUUGUAUUUUUGUACCAAGAUGUGGUGACCUCUCUUGACCUUGACACCACUGAUGUCAUAUUUAUGCUGCUCACCAAGUUUGACCUAUCCCAGUGGCUCAAUGAAACAAAUCCCAUCUUUUCGGAAAGAACACGUUUGCUGGAGUUGAUCCAUGGUGCACUUGACUGUCUGCGUCUGCUUAUGAAAAGCUCAUCUGACCAGUUACUGAGUCCUGAGUGCUGGAAGGUGACGUUGCGUGCACUGGGCUGCCUUCCUUCAUUAAAAAAUGCUAAGACCAAAGAUGAACCGGUCCAAAAUAUUUUGGAUUCUUCUGGUCGUCCUGUAGGACAUCAAAGCUCUUCUAGUAGAUCCUACAUCAGCCUCUCUCCUCAGCAGGUGGAUGAAACUAUUGAAUGGCUCAGUGAAUAUUUCCAUCGAAGUCGACUCAGUAAAAGUGAUCUUCGCAGUUUUGGUCUUUACUCUGCGUGGGCUCCUUACCUCACCGAUGUAGUGUCCUUUUGGGAACAUUUGAUUGGAAGUUCAAUCAAUGCACACGCAAGUAACUGUGCCAGAGAGUCAAUGGGCAGCACCAAAACACAAAAAGUUUUGCAGAGCUUACAUAGUAAGAUUGUUAAGUUAUUUAGUCCAUGGAUCUUUCCUUUGGACACUGAAGAUGGCAGUAAUGUUAAGUGUUAUCCAUGGCUGGAAACUGAUGCAAAUCUUGCGGGAGCUUUGGUUGGACUUUACACACAAAUGACUGAGAGUUUGUACCACAAGUUCAGAGAUCGUUUGCUCCCUGGGCAGAGAGGUGCUCUGUGGCUGUGUAUGAUGCAGUAUUGUGGAAGUUGUACUGCACCCCGUACGCCUGAAUACCUGCUGUACCUCUAUCAUACACACCUCCGCAGCCUUCCCUGGAGACAUUUGCACCCAGAACCUCUGCUUAUGGAGCAGCUCUUCAAUGUUGAAAGAGGAAGCCCAAAAAGUUGCUUUUUGUUUAUGGGAGAAAUUCUAUGUGAGGUGAAUUGGGUCAGUGUCUUAAGUGAACACCUACAGACACAUCCAUCCCUGACGUCAGAGACCCAGGCGGAGUCACAGACUAUGCUGGUUUCUCUGCUGUACAUGCUUGUUUUUCUUGGAAAAGAGGAGCAUCUUCUAUGUCAACAAGAUUCUCCAUUACUUAGUUUAUUGGUCCAGUCCAUAUCGCUGCCAUGGCAAAAGUUGGAUUUGUCUUCUUAUCAAGGAAUUCUGGGAUAUGUGGACACCCACUAUCUUCCUUCUUUCCUUCUCAGUCCUGACUCUACCCCUCAACUAUUGCUUAAAUUGCUGCGAAGUGUUGCUGGGUUGCACCACGGUCUCAGUGCAAAACCACAUGUGGAGCAAACACUUAAAGCAGGAGCAUAUAUACGCUGGUGUGUGCGGUUAUUAGUCACUCUAGAACAAGGAGGCAGCAUUACUCUGAUCAGUCUGGAGACCCAGCUUGACACACUGUUGGAAGGAAUUGUUGCUUUCAACCCACCAGAAACUGGCUUGGAACAGCGACACAUGGCAUUUUGCAAUCUCUUCAGCGAUGCACUGACUUUGCUCAACGGUGUGGGCGUCUCUACAGGAGAGUCUCUUGCUGCUCAUGUCAUUUCUUGGCUGGACAGGAAGGGAAGGUGCUUUCCUGUUCUGGCUCUACUUACAGCCUGCUCGCGAAGUCUGGCAUCAGUCAGACACAUGACUCGAAUUAUGGAAGCCUGCAUCACUGUUUACUUUAAUCAUGCUGAAGAAGAUUCUGUGGGAUGGGGUCCUGUGUUGGCAUCCCUACAGCGCCUUAACAGUGAACACACUGCAGCCAAUGAGCGGAGGAUUUUGGCUUUAAUGAACACGUGGACCAAUCAGGUCUUUCCCGGUGGAGAGGAAGAUGAGGCCAAGCUGUUCUUGUGGUGGCACAAAACCCUAUGUGUGGCAUCUGAGCAGUUGCAGCCUCAGGCAGGUAAUGCAGAGGUCCCAGGAGUUGUCAUGGGGCUAUUGAGGCUGCAAACCAGGUUACUACAAAUGGGAGAGGAUCGAUUACAUUCUGGCUUACUUGGAGCAAUAGGUCUUGGAAAGCGAACUCCUGUUUCUAAAAAAUUCAGAGUGGUGGUACGAUGUCUCUCUGUGUUUCUCUCAGUCCAGGUACCAUCCGACUCUGAGUCAGAGUUGAGACUUCAACCCACCUCUGAAUUGCAUUUUUCUGCGAAAGCACAACAAGCAUUGGGAACAUUGGAAGCCUUGAUUAAUAAUAAGCACUAUUCUGAGUUUGAGGACUGUGUGAAUAAAGCAGAUCAAUUCAUCCGUUUCCCAGGACACAGUCUGAAGGAUGGACCUCGACUGCUCGCUUUGCUGGUUAACAUUCUACGCGCAUCAGCAGCUAUUUCAGAGCGCCCUGUGCGUCCUGACGUCACAUCUGAAGAGCAGCGGUGGCGCGUGCGGGAGCCCAGUGAAAGAAAUGAUCCUAACCAUAAACCGAGGGCUGCAUUUGGGGAAUUGAUCGAUAUUAUAGACUGA